AUGCACUGGCCCCCAAAGUACCUCACCGUAAGCCUACUUCUCUCGGAUCCUUUGAUGACGGGCUGUGCGCCUCGAGUCAUCACUAUUUUGAGACGUCAGCGCUCGAGCCUUACACCGGUAUCAACACCGAGCCUUAACAACGGUCCGACAGGAAACUUUCAGCCCUUCCCGCAGCUCACAUCGUACACAGAGAACGGCAAAGCAACACGUUGUCUGAUAUCCUCCAUCCGUGAAAAGUUUGGACUGAGCAAACAACGUGACAGCUUGACAGGGAUUCGCCGAUUUGGGAGCAUGGGUCACAGAGUUGAUGCUGCAUCGGUGUAUCACACCUCGGAGUUGCGCUAG